AUGCUGUUUAACCUGGGCUUAACAGCGGAUGCAGCAGCAGCUCACGAGAACGACAUUGUCCGUCUCCCAUUGGAAUCUCGACCUUCGCGCCAUUCCUCCCCUCCCGUCUCAUUUGCGCUACCCUCGUUGGGACUGGGAAAUCUGCAAGGCUGGCACAAGGGUGUGGACGCGGACAAAUCCGAGAGACGAUCACGCGGGGUAAUGGCAAUGAGUGCUGAAGAAUCGGAGCCGAGUGAUGGAGAGUAUUCGACAGCUGGACCAGCUAUAGCAGCUAUAGGACGACCGAAUGUCAGCCGCGCACAAUCGGUUCGGAAACAGUCAUCGCGACCUAAAACCUCAUACCAGCUAGCUCACCCGGCUAGCCACUCGCGCCAUCGACGAUUGAAUUUUCGGCCCAAGCUUGUAUUGCAGCUUCAACGAGUGUCACAGACCCCGCGCCCUCUACCGGUUCUGGAUGUGCUCCCGUCGACGGUAUAUCUACCUAGGUUGGCACGCCGGUUUCCCACGAUAUUCCGGGGCAAGAAAGGGCUGGGGCCGAAUGAUCUGAUCGUCGUCACCAGCGAUUUGUACGACCGAUCGGGUGGAGACAUUGCAGAAAAACAUCCAGUUUCGGACGACGAAAAUGGGGAGCAUCGGGAGGUAGUCGCAACAAUAUGUCAACUCAGGGAGGAUGCACUAUCGAAAGGCAAAGCAGAGAUCUGCUUAAACUAUGGACCGGUGUGGGAAGCGAGUCCUCUUUCCAAUGGGUCAUACGAGUUUGUGGCUGACACAGAAAACGGCAUUCAAAUACUGCGAUGGGUCCUACGUGGAGGCAAGAGUCGACGCGUAUCAGCUCCUCCGGGCUCCCCAUUGCAGGAGGAUUCGCGGCGGUUUACAUUCAGUGUCAUUGAUCCCAGUACCCGCCGCCAUCCAGUCAUCGCAUCCAUGACCCGAAACCAUCUGGAGGUAUACGACGAGUAUUCGAUGCCCACCUCCGGUUUUGCUUCCCCAACGUCUGCCAUGUCGGUGAUUAGCGAUUGUUCUGAGAUGGAUGCUCCUUUGGAUCGGAGAGUGAUCACCACCGGUGACCACCUCCGAACGUUGAUCAUCGUUACUAGUAUCUGGGUGGCAUUCAGGGAAGGUUGGUCGCAUAAUUUCAGCUACAAAGAUUCGGCCGUGACAGUGAACUCCAAAACAACGCCCGUGGCUUCUCGUCACGUUUCGCCGACCGCUUCUAAGACGGAAAAUAACCAAAUGGCCGCGGGCAAAGACGGCCAGCCGGACGGGUCGAUAUUCAACGGAUCCAAACAUCGCUUGUCAGGUUCACAUACCGCGCCUACUCGAGCGAACUCAACCGGCGCAGCUUUCAUUGAGCGGACGAACCGGCGCGUUUCUGGAGUCCAUAGCCGAUCUAAUCGACAUAGCAGCUUGCUCUCGAACUCUCGCGAGCCAGCGCCGAAUGGGGCCUCUGGAUUCCAUCCCGCUCGAGAAGCUUCUGGAAUUCGACAAACGUGGUCUUCCCCCAGGCAACCGGACAUACAGUGUGAGAAAGGCCAUACCCCGGACCAACCGGGAUACACGGAAGAACGUGGAUCGUGGCAACCAGAUGCUUCUCACGAGAAUGCAGCCCAGACGCUCAGUCGAAGUGCAGAGCAAGCGCCUACGAAGGGGAAGCGUCGGCAUCGUUUCAGCAGUAUAUUUGACUUUCUCACUCGAAAGAGCGGCCAUCACUGA